AUGAGGACCCGUGCCUCUCGGGCUGACCCUUCAUCUCCUGUCCACCCCUGCCUGGAGGUGGCCAACUGGAGCACUCCUCCAGGAGGUCCUGGUCCAAAGCCAGGAACCACGGUGCUGGCUCUCCCGCUGGCAGAGGAAGAGGAGGGCAGGCGAAGUUGCCCCAGGAUUGGGGAGUAUCUGGCUAAGGAUGAGAAGCAGGAGCAGAGGCAGGAGCGAGCGGAGGACGAGCAGGCCCUCUUCGGCCUGGAGCCCAGGUCUGCGUGGAUCUUCCCUCUGGGCUUGCAGGGAGUCAAGGAGAGGGAUCUCAGGGACAUGGACGGCUCGGGGAUUCCCCCACCACUCAGCUCCUCCCGGUCCCCCAGUGGCCUCUCACUAAUUCCUUUUGGAAGUGGGGAGGAUAUAAAGGGACAGAUGCAGGGCUCCAGGUACACAGGACGUCCCAGUGCACUCUCCCUGCCUGAGCCUGGGACACGCCGGCCAGAAGCCAUGCUGCUGUUGCUGACCCUCGCCCUCCUGGGGACCAAUAGCUGCUGGGCAGCACAGCUGUACGGGAACAGAGGAGGCACGUAUUUCAGUACCUCUGAAGACUACGAAUAUGAAAUCACGGGCAUUCGGGUGUCUACAGGUGGUUUGGGCCUGAUUAAAAGUGUCCAGGUGAAAUUUGGGCCCUUCUGGGAUGAUGUACGUGGUGCCUCAGGUGGGGACACCCAGGAAUUCCUUCUGUGGUCAGACGAAUACAUCACAGAAGCCUAUGGCUCGUUCAAGGCUUUUCUACGGUACCUGGUCCUCUGCACCAAUCUGGGACGCUGUGUGUCCUUUGGGAAGGACGCGGGCAAGACCUUCUCUGCCUUCCCCAGCCAGGAGGGGCAGGUGCUCACAGGCAUCUUUGGCCAGUAUGGACUCCUCGGCAUCAAGGGCAUUGGCUUUAAAUGGGAUUAUCCACCAGUGGAGUCAACCCCCACACCAACAAAUGUCACUUCGAAAUAGCCAAAUAAAAGUUGUUCCUGAGUCCCCAAGGCAGGCUCUAGCAUUAUAUGAGCUGAGGCCAUCAGGGGGUGGUGGGAUGAUCAUUCUGGGGUAACUGGAUCUAAAGCCACCAAUAAAUAAAGCUUCUGCAGAA